AUGACGUCAUCAGACGAGGAAGGACCUGAGAGCGCAGCUGGAGAUGAGCAGGAGGGACAAGAGCUAACGAUUUCGCACAACAUCCAGUCACGCUGUGCUCCCAAAGCCUUCGCCUUCACGAAUCGACAUCGGCGAUGCUCCUCCUGUGGCCGCCCAGUCGCGCCGAAUCGCUCAACUGCCUUCAGCAAGGGGCCAGCAAGGCUUUGGGAGCGUGUGCCAUGUCAGGAGGCAGACACAGCAGAUGGCUAUGCAUCCAAGUCGACGAGGACGAGGAGAGCGCUGGAGGAAGACUAUGAGAGGUGCGAGUUAUGCUACGAUCAUCGCACAGACCUCGCUGCUCUCAUGCGCCACCGCUCCCUCCCAGUCGUCAACGGUUUGAACCUUCUUGCUCGGUAUGAGGCUCAAGACGUGACAGGGACGGACGUCAUCGCGUACCCCGACGGCUCGCAGUAUAUCGGCGAUGUGAAGGAGAGCAAGCGGCAUGGCAGGGGCAUCAUGCUGUACGCCAACGGCUCCAAGUAUCUCGGGAUGUGGUGGGAGGACAAGAUGCAUGGAAUAGGAGAAGCCUCCUUCCGCCUGGGAGGGUUGUACAGGGGCGAGUGGUACAUGGGGCAGCGACAAGGACAUGGGAGUUACAUCUACUCGCAGACAUGGGUAAAGAAAGUUUGUUUCUCUCCCGCGGUGGUGGUGGUGGUGGUGGUGAUGAUGAUGGUGAAGGAGUUGCUCGAGGAGUACGUUGGUGGAUGGAUGCAAGACAAGCCGAUGGUGCUAGGCGACGAUAAGAACGGCUGGGGUAUACAAACAUGGAAGAAUGGCGAUGUUUACAUCGGCUGCUUCCGAGACGGAAAUCAGGAUGGGCACGGGACGUGGCGAGCUGGCAAGGGAAGGAGAAUAAGAGGACGAGAAAUCGGCCUCAAGGGCAAGGAAUGGGAGAACGGCAAGUUUUUGGGCGUCGGAGAGUUUGACGAUGCGAAAAUCCUGGACAAAGAGGACAUCAAGGCGGAGAAAAAGGCGGAGAAGGAGCAGCAGAAGGCAAGCGACGGCGCAAUGCGCCUUCCUCCUCUUUCUGGGAAGAAGCCCGCAGACCCCGGAGGAGGAGGAGGAGCAGGGUUAUCUGAGGCCGAGCUGAUGAAGAGGGACGUGGCCGAGGAGGUGCAGGCCUCCCUUGAGAAGGCAGCGCAAGAACGUUUCCGGCGUUGA